UGUCAAUUGACAGUGAGCACCAUUCUUUGGUCACAGUUAUUUUUACCGUUGUUGUGAAGGCCAAAGUUCAACCCCUUGGGAAACAAUGGAAACCAUAACCGAACUCGCAACGUUAGCCAACGUCGCUUCGCCAAGCGAUGUUGUGUGGAACGAGGAAUGCGCCUACACGUUCCACUCGCCGUACACGACCGAUCAAGGUAUCGUGGUAGAUCUGAAUACCUUCGUUGGGACGUGUCAAGAAAUGGCGCUGACCACCAGCUCUCGAGGAAUUUUCGUGCGCAUUGUCAAAAGAAGGCAACGCAAAGAAAAUAAAGCCGGAGCAUUGGAAACUGUCUCCGUAGAAGCACCAACAAAACUAGCUUUGGGCGUGGAGGGAGGCUUUACGACCGAAGAAGAUCAGUUCGAGACCGUUUGUACAACUUCCGUUGUCGUUCUGGAAAAAGUUGGCAGCCUGGUACAGAUUGCAGCCGAAAUCCCCUACACGGAAGAAUCCAAGGGGACUUUCCCCACUAUGGUGGCCAUCAGUGUAGAUUCCAUCCUCAAUCACGCCGGCAAUAUGUUGCGACAGGAUGUCAAAACCUGGCAAUUGGAUCAAGAUGAUAUUCAGGUGUCGAAGUACGCCGAAAACCUCCCUUUUGUUGACAACGGGGUCGAAAUAAGCCCAGAUCCAAAAUCGUGGAAAUGUGAGUCUUCGGGGGCGACCGAAAAUUUGUGGCUCAACCUUUCCGACGGCUAUAUUGGCGGAGGGCGCAAAAACUGGGACGGAUCGGGUGGAUCCAACGGUGCCUUGGAUCAUUUUAAGGAAUCUGCUACGCAGUAUCCACUCGUUGUCAAGCUAGGAACGAUCACGGCCGAUUUGGAAACCGCGGAUUGUUACUCUUAUGCUCCCGACGAAGACGGACCCGUCAGGAUUCCGAAUCUAGCCGGCCUGCUAGAAAAGCGUGGAAUCAAAGUUUCUGCCAUGCAAAAGACGGUGAAAUCGACAGCAGAGUUAGAGGUAGAGCUAAACGCCAAUUACGCCUUUGACGCGAUCACCGAGGCAGGAGCGAACUUGACACCGGUGUCGGGGCCGGGUUUGCAAGGUUUGCAAAAUUUGGGAAACUCAUGCUAUCUUAAUUCGGUGAUGCAGGUCUUAAUGGCCGUUCCCGAGCUUAGCAAGCGCUACGGCACAUCUCCAGGUGGGAGCCUCACGCAGCACAACUUAUUGCAAAAUGUCCCUCCCAAGGAAGCAGCAGGUAAUUUGCUUACUCAGACAACCAAGCUGGCCAGCGCAUUGACUUCGGGUCUCUUUGCCCAUCCCAUAGCCGAGGAAAUAGGGCCAGAUGCGAAUGCUAUGGUCACAGACCCAAAGUACCGAUUGGCUCCACGAAUGCUAAAGAACGUUGUUGGGAAGAAUCACGUCGACUUUUGUACCGGGCAGCAGCAAGAUGCGGCUCAAUUUCUUCAAUACUACCUGGAACUCUUGGAGCUUCAGGAAAGGAAAGCUUCGGCGCGUUUGACCAAGGGAGACGGUCCUUUGUAUACGACGUCUCACUUAUUCGGGUUUCGCACGACGUCACGUCUGGAAUGUCAAGCUGAUCAGGCAGUAAAAUAUAAGGAUAGUGCAACCGAAACUAUUUGGAGCCUGAGGAUUCCCAUGGAGAAAGCAGUUCCGAAACCGGUUCCUCGCCUGUCGAUUGAAGCUUGCUUGGACUCUUGGGCAUCGGAAACUACUAUUGACGGUUUACAAUGGUCCCAUUUGGGAAAUGCAAAGCAUUCCGCUACCCAGAAAACACGCUUGACGAACUUUCCGCGAUACAUCGUGUUGCAGGCGCAACGAUACACACUCGGACCAGAUUGGAGUCCGAUCAAAUUGGAAGUUAGUCUCGACGUUCCGGACGAGAUGGAUCUGUCCAAGUACAAAUUCCUUGGCCCUUUACCAAGCGACCGUGUGGUACCGGCAGAGUCCGCAGACACCGAAGCGAAGACAGCGGAUGGUCCUACUACCCCGGCCGUUGACGAAGCUGCCUUAGCACAAUUGAUGGACAUGGGAUUCUCACUGAACAGUUGUAAGCGUGCGCUGACCGCUGUCGGUGGGAACAAUAUAGAAGCAGCCAUGGGUUGGGUGUUUGAGCACAACACGGACUCAGAUUUUAACGACCCGUUGCCAGACGUUGGAACUGAUGUAUCUCCAGAAAUUGGUAAAGCUGUGGCUGAAAGUGCUGUCCAGUCACUGGCGGAUAGUUUAGGCUGUUUUUCUGUUGAUCAAGUCCGAGUAGCUUUGGAAGAGACUAACGGGGCGCCUGAUCGAGCUGCGGACUGGUUGUUUUCCCACAUGGACGACUUGGAAGGUGCUAUUUCCGCCUUGAAGAAAAACAGGGCACCCGUUGAGCCUGUGGGGUCUGAGGAAAGUGUUUCGCUAGAAGACGGACCAGGUUUUUACAGGUUGACGGGAUUGAUUUCGCAUAUCGGAAAGAACACUGGCAGUGGUCACUAUGUGGCUCACUUGAAGAAAGGAGACAAGUGGAUUAUCUUUAACGACGAAAAGGUUGCUGUCUCUGAGCAUCCACCGAAGGAGCAUGCAUACUUGUAUCUACUGCAGCGUACGGAUACCAUCGACAGUCCGCACGAGAGCUAUUAGAAAGUAAAUUAUAUAAACGCGAUCGUCUAGC